AGCCUUUGCACAAUCCUGGUUUCUCUCCGGGGACACGCAGCACGCGCCCCAGGGAAGUGCUCCAUGGCCAUGGUGAAGCAGCUGGCACCCGGGUGAGCCCCUGCCCGUGCGGUGACUCCCGCCCCAGCUCCCGUCUCUGGCGGUUCUGUGGCAGAGGGAUGGGCGAGCACAAGAUGAGGCUUCCCUGCCGGCUGGGCCCACCGCCAGCACCGCUGGCCGGCUCAGCUGUUCCCCUCCGGUUGUUGGUGUUCCCGAAGCGUUCCAAACACGCGGCGCUGGGAGCCCGCGGGCACCUCCCGCUGCAGGCUCCCCGCUCCGCUCCGCUCGGCCACGGGAGCUUUCCCGGCGGGGAGGAGCCCGAGGGCAGAGCCCGGCAGCGAGGCGGGGCCGGGGCCGGCAGCGGCGGCGGGAUGCGGCUGCCGGAGCUGUGCCUGGCGCUUCUCUGCGCCGCCAGCACCGGCACCGGCACCGAAGCGCCGCGGGCAGCCCGGGAGCGGCCGCUGGCCCCGGGACGCGGGGAGCCCGGGGCGGCCCGCCUGGACCCCCGGCAGGUGUGGAUGCUGCUGGCCGGGAGCCCCGGCAGGGGCAGCGCCGAGCGGGGCCGCUCGGCACCCGCGGGGCCCGGCUCGCCGGGAAGAACAAGCGCGGCUGUGCCCGAGGAGCUGCUGAGGGAGCUGCAGCUCCUGCUCGCAGGCACGGCAAAGAUGUGCAGGACAGCUGGGGAAGGGCGUACGGAGGAAAGCAGCAAAGGCAGCCCCCAGGCCGGGGCCCAGCGUCGUGUGGAAGCAGCCUUCCAUUGCCAAACGCGCGAGGACAUCGCUGUGGAGCAGAGCACGCGGCAGGAGCUGGGGCUGUUCCACAUUGUGAGUGCCCAGCCCGCCCCUUGUCCCUGUCUGCAGGGGCACCUGCCCUGGCACAGGGACUCCUCCUCUAACCCCAGCCGUUCCCUGUGCCAGCCCGAGAGGGAGAGGCUGUUCCAGCGUGGCCCAGGGCUGAACCUGACCAGCGGGCAGUACACAGCCCCCCUCGCAGGGUACUACACGUUCAGCAGCACGCUGCACAUCGCGCGCAGGGAGCCGCGCAGGAGGAGGCAGGGAUGCCGGGGGAGCCGCCUGCGGGUGCUGAUCUGUGUGCAGUCCUGCUGCCAGCACAACAGCCAGCUGGAGAGCGUGUCCUGGCUGGAGAGCAGCGGGGACCUUUUCACCAUCUCUGUCACAGGCACCCUGUACCUGCAGGUGAGUGGGGCCAGCUCCACUGCAACAGUGCUGGGCAGGAAGGUACCUUCCAUGGCCCCAGCCCAGGGCUGGGCAGCAGCUCUGCCUCAGGUGACCUGCAAGCCCCAGAGCAGUCAGGGCAGAGCUCUGCUAGGGCACUGUGGCACAGACAAAGGCCUUGUGCUGCUCUUUCCCAGAAGGAAGGGUAGGGGCAGCUCCUCCAGCUCUUGGUUGCUGUGUGCAGGGGAGAGCUCUCUCCUCGGCCCUGCCAGGCCAUGCCUGGAGCCCAGGGGAGGUGGCCUGGCCCUGCUAAUCCCUCUCUCCCCCCAGGCUGGGCAGUAUGCCUCUGUUUUUGUGGACAACACAGCAGGCUCUCCCAUCACCGUCCAAAGUGGCUCCGAUUUCAGUGCUGUGCUGCUGGGAGUGUGAAGAGGCUGAACCAUGCUGAACCUGUGGCAGGAGCAGCCAGACCCUUCCCUCUGCCAGUCACCAUCGUGUCUCCCCUGCUAAGGAAGACCAUUUGCUCAUGCUGGAAACUGCAGUCUGGU